UGUGUGUGUGUGACAGAGAGAGCAGUGUGUGUGUCAGAGAGAGAGAGAGAGAGAGAGAGAGAGAGAACAGCAGAGGGAGUACUAGACUGCCUGGAUAUCCUCUUCCAUCUGGGAGCCAUCUGUGUUCCUCUGGCUCUGGGCUCCUCCACACUGGGGCUCACAUAUGUGGGAACACAAACACAUGCCUGACAUAUGAAGGAGUGGAGAGAGAGACAAAAAACAGAGAAAAGAGAAGGAUAAGAAAGCAAAGUCACCACAGCUGAAUUAGGACAGACAAGAGCCGACUAAUAGGGUGGAGGUGGAGCGAUAGAAGGCAGACCAUGGGAUGCGGAGAGAGAGCGAGAGAUGGAGAGAAGGAGAGAGGGGAGGACAAGAAGAGGGGGAGAAAUGAAGGGAGGGUAGAGUCAAAGCGGGGCUCAGAUGCAAGGGCAGAGGGAGCUGUCAAAUCGCAGGGUGCAGCGCUGCAAUCCAGAGAGUUCAGCCAGUGGUGAGAAGAAGACCCCUGCCAUGCCCGGCUCUCCUGUGGAUGUCAAGACUCAUUCCAGACCAGUCCCCAGACCAGUCCCCAGCAGCAGCAGCAGCGCCGCCAUGCCGCCCCUGCCCUCCGUGAACCCCAGCGGACCCCGGCCAGCCUCCUUCUCCUCCACCACUCUGACCAAUGGAAUCCACCACUCCCCGCCCACCCUAAAUGCUGUGCCCUCGCCGCCCCAGCGCUACAGCAAUGGGCCUAGCUCCUCCUCUUCCUCCUCGCUGGCCAAUCAGCAGCUCCCAGCCACAUGCGGCGCCCGACAGCUCAGCAAGCUCAAACGCUUCCUGACGACGCUGCAGCAGUUCGGCAACGACAUCUCGCCCGAGAUCGGAGAGAGUGUCCGCAACCUGGUGCUGGCCCUCGUGAAUUCAACAGUCACCAUCGAGGAGUUCCACUCACGGCUCCAGGAGGCCACCAACUUUCCCCUGAGGCCCUUCGUCAUUCCCUUCCUCAAGGCCAACCUGCCCCUGCUGCAGAGGGAGUUGCUCCACUGUGCACGUGCGGCCAAGCAGACCCCAGCCCAGUACCUAUCCCAACACGAGCACCUCCUACUCAGCACCACUCUGGCCUCGCCCCCCGACUCCUCAGAACUGCUGCUGGAGCCCAGCGAGAGAGAGAGAAACACGACAGUUAAGAGACACAGUCCUAACAGGGGAAAAGAGAACGGCUUCCACGAGCGCCCCCCUGCCCCCCUGGAGCCCCCGGCUAAGCGCAUCUGCACCAUCAGCCCGGCGCCCCGCCAUAGCCCGGCCAACCCACUGCCCCUCAGCGCUCAGCUGCACCCCACGCCGCCCCCUCUGCAGCACUACGCCCUUGAGGACAUCAGCGCCCCCCAUCUGCUGCACCGAGAGAGCAGCCACCGGAUACUGGAGCUCCGCGAGCUCAAGGACAGGCCUAGACUACCUGGCACUAACGGGGGUUACCGCGAGGAGCCCGUGGACCACAGGCUGACAGACAGAGAGUGGGCCGACGAGUGGAGGCAUCUGGAUCAUGUGUUGAACUGCAUUGUUGAGAUGGUGGAGAAGACGCGGCGGUCGGUGGCUGUGCUGCGGCGCUGUCAGGAGUCGGACCGUGAGGAGCUCAACUACUGGCGGCGGCGCUCCAGCGAGCAGGAAGACCCCCGCAAGGGAGGGGCCGCCAUCGUGCCCACCCCCUUCUCCAAGACCCACAGCCCCCGCACAGCAGCGGUGCCCGCCCCCUUCUCCAAGACCCACAGCCCCCACACAACCGAGGGACUCAGCAGUGAAUCCCAGAGAGACUUUGCGCCGCGACCAGGCUCGGGCUACGUGCCUGAUGAGAUCUGGAGAAAAGCUGAGGAGGCGGUGAACGAGGUGAAGCGCCAGGCCAUGGACGAGGUCCAGAAAGCAGUGGCCGAGGCAGAGCACAAGGCCUUCGAGAUGAUCGCGUCCGAGCGGGCCAAGAUGGAGAAGACACUGUCCGAAGCCAAGAGGAAGGCCACAGAGGACGCCAUCCAGGUCAUCAAUGAGCAGGAGGACUCAAGCGAGUGUUGCUGGAACUGUGGUCGCAAGGCCAGCGAGACGUGCAGCGGCUGCAAUGCGGCGCGCUACUGCGGCUCCUUCUGCCAGCACAAGGACUGGGAGCGCCACCACCUCAUCUGCAGCCCCGGCCUGCAGACCCAGCCCAAGCCCGUGUCCGCCAUCACAGCUGCCAGGGCCGCUGCAGCCGCCGCCGCUGUUACCGCAGGAGCCAAGGCUCCCGAGAGCGUACCAACCACUGCCAGCCCCGGGGGGGAGAAGGGGUCGGUCGCCUCUCGUUCCUCCACCCCAUCCACUCCCACAUUAGUGCUAGAGACCAACGGGCAGUAAAAGCCAGGACUAGGACCAGUGAUACUGGCUCUCAAGAUGGCCUCCCUUCCCAGUUUCGUUCCAUUCUGUUGUUCCUGACUGUUUAAAUGGACACCAGGACUGUAUGCCCCAAAAUGGCUUCCUUUCUUUGUUUCCCGUUCCUCUUGAACUGCUGACGGUGAAAGGUGCUGGUUUCCAUUGUUCUAUCGUUUGGCUGUCACCCGUCGGCUAUCUUUAGGUUAGCGUUUGGCUCUUCAGGUUCUAAAGGUAUCUAGGUUAGCAGUUGGCUAUUUAGGUUCUAAAGGUAUCUUUAAGUUAGCGGUUGCAAGGGGGAGGAGACAAGGGAAGAAAGCUGUUUUUAAGACUUGACCCUCAGCUCUGGACACCAACCUUAAUUUAGCCAAGGAAGUGACAUCAUGGACAGGAAGUGAUGUCACAGACAUUGAGUGAGCGGAGGAGGAAAUGAGGUCACUGAUGUCACCAGUCAUGUUACAAAGAAAGAGGACAGAUUGGGAGGGGUUUGCUUUGGUAAUGGUGGGCAGAAGACAGACUCAUCUGCUUUGGGACUUGGAGGAUCCAUCUUCAACAGUUGGACAAAUAGACAAUCUACCUGACAGAUGGACACUUGUUUCGCUUCAUCCAAAAUCUCAAUCCCCAGUAGAGUUGAGACAACUGAGGACGGACUUCAGACCCAGCUUUUUUUUAAGGGGACAGUGGGGGGGGGGUGUGUAUGAGUUUUGGAAUGGUCUUUUAUACCCACGAGGGUGAGUGAUGGUCGAAGUACUCACUGCAUAUUUCCUAGUUUACCAUUGUGUAUAUAAAGCUAAGAGAAAAGAGGGUUAUGGGUCGGUGUUGACAGUGUAAUAAACAGUACCAGGUCUAAAGAAAAGAGGGUUAUGGGUUGGUGUUGACAGUGUAAUAAACAGUACCAGCUCUACAGAAAAGAGGGUUAUGGGUCGGUGUUGACAGUGUAGUAAACAGUACCAGGUCUAAAGAAAAGAGGGUUAUGGGUCGGUGUUGACAGUGUAAUAAACAGUACCAGCUCUACAGAAAAGAGGGUUAUGGGUUGGUGUUGACAGUGUAAUAAACAGUACCAGCUCUACAGAAAAGAGGGUUAUGGGUCGGUGUUGACAGUGUAAUAAACAGUACCAGCUCUACAGAAAAGAGGGUUAUGGGUCGGUGUUGACAGUGUAGUAAACAGUACCAGCUCUACAGAAAAGAGGGUUAUGGGUCGGUGUUGACAGUGUAGUAAACAGUACCAGCUCUACAGAAAAGAGGGUUAUGGGUCGGUGUUGACAGUGUAAUAAACAGUACCAGGUCUAGAGCAUCUCACGUCUGGAAAUACAUUUUGGAGGUGACAUGAUCGCAAAGUCACCUCCACAAUCCUGUUUGUAUGUACAGUAUAGCUGUCCUACUUUUCUUGCUCGCACAAGUUAUUCGUCAGGUUCCUCUUUUGAGUGUGCAUACAGUUGAAGUCGGAAGUUUACAUACACCUUAGCCAAAUACAUUUAAACUCAGUUUUUCACAAUUCCUGACAUUUAAUCCUAGUAAAAAAUCCCUGUUUUAGGUCAGUUAGGAUCACCACUUUAUUUGAAGAAUGUGAAAUGUCAAAAUAAUAGUAGAGAUAAUGAUUGAUUUAUUUCAGCUUUUAUUUCUUUCAU